AUGCCACGCAGACACGGCCAAGUCUCGAGCGGCAGCGGGGAGGAGAGCGCGCCAUGGUCAUGGAGAUGGCGAGCGCGAGGAGGCGGGCGCGGCGACCACGCCGUGCUCUGGAGCGCCUGCGUCCUCCUCUCCGCCGCCUCGCUGCUCCUCGCCGCCACCCUCUCCUCGGGCUUCGGGGCCGCCAGGCUCUCCGCCGGAGAGGUCAGCGUGGUCGUGAGGGCGAGCACCGGCGCUGUCGUCGUGACGACGGACGGAGACGCUGCCGUCGACAACGGCCGCGGGCACUGCGGCGACGCUGAUCACGACGGCAUGCUAACCGACGGCGAGUGGGUGCGCGAGGAAGCGGGCGUGGCCCCUCUCUACGACUCGAGGGAGUGCCCGUUCGUCGACGUGGGGUUCCGGUGCCGGGAGAACGGCCGGCCGGACGACGGGUACGCCCGGUGGAGGUGGCGGCCGAGGCACUGCGAGCUCCCGAGGUUCGACGCCGAGAAGCUGCUGGAGGUGCUCCGGAACCGCCGGCUGGUGUUCGUCGGCGACUCCAUCGGGCGCAACCAGUGGGAGUCGAUGCUCUGCAUGCUCUCCUCGGCCGUCGCCGACGCCGGGGCCUCGGUGCGCGAGGAGCACGGGAGCCCCAUCACCAAGCACAAGGGCUUCCUCUCCUUCCGGUUCCUCCGCCACAACCUCACGGUGGAGCACUACCGGUCGCCGUACCUGGUCCGGCGCGGCGGCCGCCCCCGCCGCGCGCCCAGGCACGUCCGCUCCACGCUCCAGCUCCGCGCCAUGGACUCCAGGGCGCACCUGUGGAAGGGCGCCGACGUGCUCGUCUUCAACUCCGGCCACUGGUGGAACCACGACCGGCUCCAGCAGCUGCAUUGCUACUUCCAGGAAGGCAAGAGGCUGAGGCUGGACAUGAGCGUGGAGGCGGCCUACCAGAGAGCCAUGGACACAGUGCACGAAUGGGUCCAGAAGGAGGUGGACGGCAGCAAGACCCUGGCCGUGUUCAGAACCUACUCGCCGGCGCACAAUAGGGGCACAAAUGGCGGGAGCUGCGGCAAGGAGACGCUGCCGGAGCUGAACAUGACGCGAAUCUCGCUGGGCCGGUGGCCGGGAAUGCUGCAGCCGGCGUUUGGGGGACCGGAAUCGGCCGUCGUCAGGGACCUGCGUCUGCGUGUGAUGAACGUGACGCAGAUGACGGCGCACAGGAGGGACGGCCACCCGGCGGUGUACAAUGUGGAGCCGUCGGCGAGGAUGCCGGUGGGGCAGAGGGAGGACUGCAGCCACUGGUGCCUGCCGGGUGUGCCCGACGCGUGGAACGAGCUCCUCUACGCCAUGGUUCUCGCCAGGCUUUCUUAG